AUGGUUGACUUAUCAAACGAACAUCUUACCACAAUAUUAGAAACAAUAAAAAAAUCUUCCGAAGAAACAUCUGCGGCAGUAACCAGUCAAUUAAAAGAAUAUUUCAAGGAAGAAACUGAAAAACUCCUGAAUAAAAUUAAUGAACAAGCUCACAAAAUCGAGAUUUUAGAAGAACGCUGCACGAAGAUUGAGGAAAAUCAAAUUAAGUUUGAGAGAUUCAUAAAAAGAAAAAAUUUAAUUAUAUUUGGAGCCAGAUAUAACAAGGAUAAUAAUAAUAUAUUACAGUUCACGCUCGAUCUACUUCAAAAGUAUUUAAAUGUCCAAAUAACUGAAAACGAUAUAGACAAUAUUUAUACUCUGAAUAACGUAUCAUCAAAAAACGGGCCACCAAUCAAAGUAGAAUUUGUGACAAAUCUAAAGAAGAAUUUGAUAAUUGGGAAUUGCUACAAAUUAAAAAAUACCGAAAUAUCAAUUGCACAAGAUCUUUCGUAUGAAGACAGGCAGGAAAGAAAAAUUUUACAAGAACACUUAAGGCAGGCAAGAGCAAAGAAUUACUCAGCAAAAAUAUUGUCAAACAAUAGACUUCAAAUAAAUGGCGAUAUCUACACUACAAAUCAACUGAAAGCAACAAGUAACGAAGUAAUUUUGCAGGAAGAAUCUAGAAGUUUAAGCACUAAGCCACAAUCACCGAAUCCAACGUCUGACUCAGAAGAAGUGUUUGUGCCGGCAUCUUUAAGUAUUGAAAAUAAAGAAAAAUCUACAGCUAAAUUCCAAACCAUAGAAAACGAAAAGUCAAAAAAAAGGGAACUAAAUAAUAGCAACUCACCAACCAAAGCACCUCUGUCCGAAGCGAAAAGAUCAAGAACUACUUCUAGAUCAACCAGGAAACAUACAUAA